CUGGAAAAUAUUUAUCUGAGAGAGUGAACAUUUUUCAGAAAUAAAUUGAAUUCUUUGGCAUAUGAAACAGAUAUUCGAUAUGUGAUCAGAUUUGUUAAAAACAGGGUACAAAAAGGUCCAGCAAAGCUCAUGAUCUCAUCUUCGUUUUCAACUAAUCCGAUCGGAUCCACUCGAGGUAGUUCUCACAGCAGCUGUCAAACUUUCUUACGACAUCACUAGAACCUGCAGAAGACUGUCACACUGAACACAAUCUCCUUAAGGUGUUGCAUUUUGGAUCGAAACUUUCCCCCCCGACAGAGUGGAGAAGCGGUUUUAGAAAAUGGAGCUAAGUCCCCCAGAAACAACUACAGCCCUGUCGUUGGCGACCAUCGUCCCUAGCGUUCUGCUGAUGGGCGCGGCCACUGCGGCGGCCAGCGUCUUGUGGCUCUUCAAAGACCAGCCAGAUAAUCUGCCCCCAGGACCGCCAGUCUACUUGCCAGGACUGGGCAAUCUGCUCAAGCUGGCUGGUGACCCGGUCCAGGCUCUGUGGGAUCUCCGAGAACGCUACGGUGACGUGUUCCGGCUCUACCUGGGCUCCCAGCUCGUUGUCGUCCUCAACGGAUAUGACGUCGUCAAGGAGGUUCUCAUCACUCGUGGCUCCGAGUUCUCCUUCAGACCGGACUCCUUCCUGAAGGAAAAGAUUGCUGAGGAUAAGGGAAUCUUGAACACUAACGGCCCUGAGUGGCACGAGCAGAAGAUCAACGUUCUGAGAACCAUGCGUGACCUUGGGAGGUCAGGCGGUCGCUUCGACCAGAACGUUGACGCAGUACUGGCGACCUUGACCUCCGCACUGAAAUCGAGGCUGGGAGCAGACGGCACGUCUGACAACAUGGAUGUGACGACGUUGAUCAGACGCUCGGUCUGCUGUGUGUCUUUUGCUACUGUGUACGGCCGGCGUCUGAGUCCGGAGGACCGGGAGAUCCAGAUCUACACAGACAAACUGAACACUUUGUUCAAUUACUUCGGCGCCCUGGCCGUGGUGAACUUCCUGCCCUGUGUCCAGCACCUGCCCGGUGACCCGGCCUGCUACCACGCCUGUCUGGACAUGGUCCAAGAGCUGGAGACACAGGUGGUCAAGCCGGAGCUGCGUAGACUCACGCAG